CACAACAAGAUGGCGGAAAUCUAGGUUGUUGUUGUCAAAUCUAAUUCCUUAUCUUUUCCUUUUGAAAUAUCAGUCUCAACUUGGGAAUGAUUUUCAUUAGUUGUGAUCCCGAUCCGGUGGUGAUAUAGUAAGGUAGGAUGGCUUCUUCGUGUAGGCCUCGCAAGAUGUCUUCCAGCCAGGAAAAAUCUCCAGCUUUGGCUUGUUCAAUGUCGAAUCUUCCGCCCGAGGUGGAAGAAGGCAAUGUUGAAUACAAGCUAAAGCUUGUCAGCCCAUCUCCAAGUCGUUUUGAACACCUAGUGACUCAGAUGAAGUGGAGGCUGAGAGAGGGACAAGGCGAAGCCAUCUAUGAGAUCGGUGUGGAGGAUAAUGGAAUGUUGGCUGGCCUCUUACCGGUGGAUCUGACAGCAUCGAUGGAUACGCUGGACAGAAUGGCCAACAAACUUGGAGCAACAACUACCGUCUUGAGACAACGUACCGUGGAGAGUGAAGGAGAGACCCUUGAGGAGGAACGCAAGGCAUGUGAGGUGCUUGUCAGAAGAAUACCAGAUGACCAACAGUUCAUCAACCUGCGUGUUGCCGUCCUUGGCAAUGUUGACGUUGGUAAAAGCACCUUACUAGGCGUUCUCACCCAGGGAGAGUUGGACAACGGGCGUGGUCGAGCGAGACUAAACCUCUUUCGUCAUCUUCAUGAGAUUCAGUCGGGGAGAACAUCAAGCAUCAGUCAUGAGACCCUCGGAUUUAACAGCAAAGGGGAGGUCAUCAACUAUGGUGACAGCCAACAGGGAUGCCUGACUGCGGAAGAGAUCUGUGAGAAUGCAUCCAAGCUGAUCACUCUUAUCGAUCUAGCUGGACACCACAAAUACCUAAAGACUACCAUCACUGGUCUGAUGGGCUAUGCACCGGACUUUGCAAUGCUGGUGGUCAGCGCUAACACUGGCAUCGCUGGUACAACAAAAGAACACAUUGGGCUGGCCAUGGCCCUGCAGGUACCCAUCUUUGUUGUCAUCAAUAAGAUUGAUCUUUGCCCCAAGUGUUUGAUACAACGAACCUUGGAUCAGUUGAAGAGACUUCUCUCUGGUCCCGGAUGUAAGAAGAUUCCAUACAGAGUGGAGAGUGACGACAACGCAGUCACUGCCGCAAGACACUUCAAUAACUCCCAUAUAUGCCCAAUCUUCCUGGUAUCCAGUGUGACCGGUCAGCACCUUGACAUGCUCAAGAAGUUUCUGCAUGUCCUUCCACCGUCUCACAGCAGCUUAGAGCAAGAAAAACUCUCCCAAGAACUCGCAGAAUUCCAGGUUGAUGAGGUUUACAGUGUGCCUGAUGUUGGGCGAGUCGUAGGAGGAACGUUAUCAAGAGGAAUAGUGAAAGAGCAAGAGAGACUAAUGUUAGGACCAGAUGACAAUGGCCACUUCAGUCCUGUCACAGUGCACACCGUACACAGAAACCGAACGUCAUGUAGAGUCGUGCGACCUGGCCAGGCCGCCACGCUGGCCGUGGGAGACUGGCAAAAGUGUACUCUAAGGAAGGGUAUGGUAUUAGUCAGCAGUGACCUCAAUCCUAAAGCCUGUCUGGAAUUCGAGGCUACUAUUUUUGUACUCUUCCAUGUGACCUCCAUCAGUAAAGGAUUCCAGGCUACUGUCCAUAUAGGCAAUGUAUGCCAGACAGUCGUCAUAUCACACAUGGAUACGCCAUCACUAAAAACAAACAGCCAAGCAGUAGUCCGGUUCCGAUUCAUCAAACAGCCAGAGUACAUAAGGGCAGGUGCUAGACUGCUCUUCAGAGAAGGGACGACAAAGGGAAUGGGUAAUGUGACAAAAAUAUGUCUGGAAGCCGAUGUUGACCGAUAACAUGGUUGACAAUCACCUAGGUAAACUAAGAAUCACUUUGUCUUCAUCAAAUACAAUUCUGUAAUUAUUAAAAAUGCAAUUUUUUAACUGAAACAUUAUUUACCCUCUCAGAAAAUUUACGAGUUAACGAGUUAGAGUUUAAUAGUGUCUUGUACAAUGACUUGCUUAGUCACAAGUUAGAGCUUAAAUUUGAAUUCCUCAGACUGUACUGACAGUGUCACAAGAUGUGAUGUAUGCUUUUGCGUAGUUAUGCAAGAUGGCGACACCCAUACACGGUAUCAUGGUUUGAUCAUCUAAAGGUUACUAUACAAAAGCUCUCCCCAAACCAUUUAAUGAUAAUAAUAUUACUGGUUCAUUACAUGGGGAUAUAAAGAAGUAGGUUUCAUACUUCAAAAUGUAGCUGCAAAGACCUUGCAGGAAAAAUUACUGAGGGCUUUGAUGUGAUAAAGCCCUAUAUACAUGUAACAGCCCAGUUCUAUUAUUGUGUUUGAACAGUUCAGGGCAAGCUUUUGUAGAGCAACCUUUCGAUAAUCAAACCGUGGUACCAUAGCAAGUAUGGGUGUUCACCAUCUUGCAUAACCUCAAGUCUUGGGGCACUGUCUGUAAAGUCUGAGGAACUCAAACUUAAGCAGUUAAUUGCAACUUAGCAAGUCAUUGUUAGGGACAUUAAGCAAAUGUAACCCCUAAAUGGUUUAUUUGGCUCAUGGAAUUUAAACUUUUCCACAGAUUGCAAAUUUAUUAAAAUGCAAUAUUACAUGAAAUUAGCUUAACAUUCAUGUAGUUAUUAUUAUUACCAAGUGAGAAUGUUUAUCGAUAGCCUUUGUAUAAGUAUUUUGAUUUCCGAAAUUCUAAUUGCUCCAAAGACGUUUUGAUUUAAGCAUGCAAUUAACAUUAUUAACAUGCAAGGUUGGGGGUAAAAUAGCACUCUAAAAAUGCACCACAAGUUAACUGCAAGUUUUAAAGCAUGCUAGCUGGAUUGGUAAUGCAAAAAUUCAACUUUCAAAAUCAACUUUUUACUGGCACGCUUUGACAAAAAUUACAGAUUGACAGAGCAACAUUUUAAUGUUUUUACACCCAAAAUUAUGUUUGUGUGAGAAGGAUAAGAUGGGUUUUGAGUCUCCAAAUAAAUAAAUUAACAAUGUUUUCCCGAGUGUAAAUGUAAGGAGCUCCAAGCACACAUUUUUUGUGAUGCAAUCAUUUUUCAAUUGAGAGGGUACUGAAGGCGGGGGGAAAGUCUCUACUCAUGUUGCAUCAAGUUUUUUUUUAAGUUUAUGUACGUAUUCAGAUUGAGAAUCCAUCAUAAUUGUUUUUCAACAUCAUAAACUGUCACUUUCAACUCUGCAAAGCAUGUUAAACCAGCAUACUUUCAGCUACUGAACCACACACAAAUCCAGAGCAUAGAUUUAGUUAAGACAGAACCUAGAUGGGUGGGUGGGUGCCAUGGUUGGCUUGUGCGUAGAGCGCUCCCCUCUCACCAAGGUGACCCCGGUUCAAUUCCCGCCUAGGGCCAUAGGUGAGUUGAGGUGUGCAUUGGUUCUCUGCUGUGCCACGAGGGUUUUCCAGAUCUUCCGCGUGGUCAUAAUGGGUUGAUGUGGCUGGCAG